GAGUUAUAGGAUACCAUGGAUGUUUUGUUUACUAAUCUUCUCUUCCUUGUAGCCACCAGCUAACCCACAUUCCUGCUGACAGCACAGAUUCAGCCUGCUCUGUGUCAGCUGACAGUUGUGUGAUGCUAGCAUGUUAGCUUCGGAGUUAGCAAGAAGAUACUGUACUAAUUUAACGUUUAUGGAAAUAGCAGCGUUUGUUUUUUGAUGGUUCGAUUUUUCUUUUCAAUUGUUUGACUUGGACAUUGAUUGUAUGACCAAAGUGAACAGGUUUAUCUUGAAACAAACUAGCUAAGUUGUUUUUUUAUAGCAUUAGCAGUGGAGCUAGCAGCUAGGAAGCAAAUCUUCCUAGCAACCGUAGCUAGCUGUGACAGCAGGUUAGUCUUCAUGGAGAGCUUUAAAGCGUCUGCUGAGCUUUAAUAUCGGUCGGAAGGGUGAGUUAUGUGAGCACAGAGUAGACAGGCGGCUCAUGUUUAGGUAAAUGUUAAUUAAAUGGCAAAAACUGAGCAGGGCAAUGGACUGGACUUGCGGGGCAGCAGUGAGAAGCUGACAGAUAAUGGCACAAUCGGCUCGUAUGGAUCCGAGCCCGAGGUAAAGGGCAGUGUCCCCGGGGACACAGAGGUGGACAAGUACGGCUUCACAGGGGGAGCCCAGCAGACAGGAGAGCGUGCUGAAGAAAUCCCUAUUGAUGUGCUGAGGCAGCGGGAGGCAAAAUGGCUGGAGAUGCUCAACAAUUGGGACAAGUGGAUGGCCAAAAAACACAAGAAGGUGAAAGAGCGCUGCCAGAAGGGGAUACCUCCAUCCCUGCGUGGCCGGGCCUGGCUCUUCCUCACUGGGGGUAAAGUUAGGAGGGAGCAAAACCAGGGCAAAUUCCAGGAACUGGACAGCCAGCCAGGAGAUCCUAAAUGGGUAGAUAUUAUUGAGAGGGACCUCCAUCGACAGUUCCCCUUCCAUGAAAUGUUUGCAGCGAGAGGAGGUCAUGGGCAGCAAGACCUGCUCCGCGUGUUGAAGGCUUAUACUCUGCAUCGUCCUGAAGAGGGUUAUUGUCAGGCUCAGGCUCCCAUCGCUGCUGUGCUCCUGAUGCACAUGCCAGCAGAGGAUGCAUUUUGGGUUCUUGUCCAGAUUUGUGAGAAAUACCUUCCUGGAUACUACAGUACAGGACUGGAGGCAAUCCAGCUGGAUGGGGAGAUCCUCUACGCUCUACUGCGGCGGGUGUCUUCUGUGGCCCACCGUCACCUGAAGAAACACAAGCUGGAGCCCAUCCUGUAUAUGACUGAGUGGUUCAUGUGCGCCUUCUCUCGGACUCUGCCGUGGGCCUCAGUGCUGCGUGUCUGGGACAUGUUCCUCUGUGAGGGAGUAAAGAUCCUCUUUCGAGUGGGCCUGGUUCUCCUGAAAUGCACGUUGGGAUCACAAGAGAAACUGAAGGCCAAUCAAGGUCUCUAUGAAACAAUGGAGCUGCUCCGAAAAAUACAACCACAGUACAUGCAAGAAGGCUUCUUGGUGCACGAGAUUAUUGAGUUAGUAGUGUCUGAGAAAGACAUUGAGAAGGAACACCAUGCUCAGCUGCGUCGCUGGAAGGAGACUCAUGGAGAUCUACACUGCAAGUCCCCUCCCAGGAUGCAUGGCGCUAAGGCCAUCAUCGCUGCCGAUCCACCCAGUCGUCAGGACCUGAGACAGAGGCCCACCAUCAUCGUGGAGUCUCCUCUUGCACCCAAGACAGAUGGGCAGAGGCCAGAUGACACCAAGGAAAAUGGAAAGACUAAAGAGGAAAAAGAGAAGAAAACAAUCCCACUGCCGCAGGGGGUUGUUAAUCCUUACCUCCCUCCCAGUAACCCCUCACCUCACCUCAAACACCUGACUGUACAAGGGUCCAAAGAGAGUCUGAGCAGUGCAGAGCAGGACACUUACCUGUAGCAGGGUGAGUGUUACCAGUUUACUAACGUUAAUCAUUCCAUACAGCCUUUACUAACUUACUAGCACUCACAGUUUUCAGUCAGAGUUCUCACAGUGACAUGAAAAACCCUUUGACAGGUUUUAGUUAUUAUUUUUAUUGCUAUUUUAACAAUCGAGAAAAAAGUAAUCUAAUUUUUAGAGUUUGCAAAAACACCAUUUCAUAGACUACUAAGCAGUCACUUUGUGUGUUUAUGAACAUGAAUAACCCAUUUGAGGCGUCUUUUGUUUAGGGAUUAUUUUCAGGGCUUUUUUGCCUUCAUUAGAUAGUAAGAAACUUUUGAACAGCACACUGUCAACCUACUUUUACUACCACUACCACCACUUAAUUGCUAAGCAGCUACACUACUUUUAAAACACUGUCCUCCACACCAGUGCCAGCCUUUUUACUGCGCAGUCACUAUGUAGGACAUGGGAGCAAUGGAUGAGGAUAUGCAACCUUUCUUAUUACCGAAAGUCAAAAUUCUGUUUCUUCAUGAUCUUUACAUGCCCAAACACAUAAAUGGGAUAAUCUAAAUACCUGUAAAUUCAUAAUGGGUUAUGCAUGUCCAUGUUAAUGCACUCAUCAUAAUAUUCAACACAUUUGAGGUGUAAUUUUAAUUUAUACAGGUUGCUCUUUACUCUACUUUUAGUUAAGUAAAGUCAUGAUAGUAUAGCAUAAAACUAUAUGGAGCUUAAAAUUGUGUAAUUGCCAGGGAGCACCAGCAGAUGGUGACUAUGUGUUCUUUGGUUUUAGCCUGUCAGAGUAUGAAGCUAUUGGAACUAUGAGCUUCAUAUGACUGAGCUUGUGGGGAAAUAACACUCGCUAAUUAACUUUUAACAGCUACUCCUACCACUUACCUCUUACAUUUUGAAUUUACCUCCUAGAUUCUUUCCUUUUUGAUAAAUGAAGUCUGAUAUCAGGUAUUUUCUGGAGCACUUUGCUUUUAUAGUCUUCCUCUUUGCCUGUGUUAGUUGCUAAGUUGCCAACGCAGAGAUUUGUAUUUACCCUGCUUUUGCUAAACUCGCACUAAUUUGCAGACACACAGUUUAUCAGUGUGACUGUUAAUGCUGCAUUUGGGGGUUUGUCCUUGCUGUAGUCGAACACUUGAGGGCGUCCUCAGAUUAUCUCACAGCCGCAGCAGUGACCAGCAGUCCUCUUGCUGAGAGCAUAAGCUGACACAAUGAAGAAGUGUGCAGGGAUGUUUUGUGCCACUAAGCCAAAGAUUUUUAUUGUAUAUUUUUAAAAGUAUAUGUUGUCCAAGCAGUUUAUUCAAUCAUAUUGUGAUACAGUAUUUGGGAGAGGAUCAGGUUUUUAUUUAUGUCAUGAAUGAUAUAUGGUAAAAUACCAUUUUGAAGAACACUAAAGCUGUUUUUUGCAAUUCUGAUUAAAGGUUUAUGGUUCCUUAGACUUAAAGAUAUCUUUUACUUAAAAACAUGGCAUUUAGGAGUUUUGUUUUAUGAAAUCUUAUAAUCUAAUCUCCAGUCCCAACACUUAUUAUGUUUCUUUAGCUAAAGGUAACAAAGUACCUUGUCUUAUCUCAGUUGUUGCUUUGAACAAGCUUUAAAAAUAUAUAUAAAAUCCAAAUCAAAUCAUAACAUCCAAGUAAUGUACAACUAUAACCGUUAGUUCUUUUCUAAUGGGAUUAUUCAGAUAAAAAGAUAUUUAAAGUCAAGGGAGCCAUGAACCUUUGAUGAUGACCAGACAAUAUGUUUUGAUUCUCAUUUUAUUUGAGAUGUUUAAAUGAAGAAUUUUUUUUGAAAAACUCUUAAUCAAUUUAGAAACAAUCAACAUUUAACUCCCAGGCCAGCAAAUUCCUUUAUAAGCAGUUACAUGUGUAACAAUACAUCAUAUUAUUUGCUGUAAAGCUGUCAAAUGCCAGUUUUUAUAAUGGGAAAUGGUUGUGGGUAUAUGUUGAUUUUACACACUGUGGAGAUUUUAUAUGCUACGGGUUUAUUUUCUGUGUAUAAGAAGGCACUGUUGACCUGCAACGUCCUCCAAAGCUUUUAAUAUUUAGAUUUUUUUUUUAAAUGUUGUAAUGAGUAAUGAGUAAUGUUGUAAGAACACUGAUCACAUUUACUCAACAUGCAGUUGAGCAGUUUCUACCAGGAGCAUUCUGUUAUGUCAUGUAGAUGGUUCCAGUGAGCUUCUUGCAGGGACUAAGUUUCCCUGUCAUGCUGAAGGAUAAGGAAAUAUAUAGGAUGUGGUUUGGCAUCUAAAAACUUUAAGUUCAUUUUUUCCAAAGGUUUAAAUAUCCAUCAAAAAUAUAUAAAUGAAGACUGUUGACAGACUCCUUUCUAUUAAUCAUUGCAACUAUUGUGAUUGAAAUGUUUGAGCCUGGAGCUUGUAAAUGUGCAACGUAUCCAAUAGGACUUUUAUUUCUGAUCUGUUUACUUAUUUCAUUUGAAAUCAACCUCUCAUAUCAAGCUGUUUUAUACAAAAUUACAUCCAAAAAUCAAUAAAUUUUUUUAAACUCUUGAA